AUGGCAAACUAUACUACUAGUACAUUAUACUCGGAAAAUAGGAAGGAAAAAAUGGAGCUUCUAAAUGGGGUGUCCCUCGGAAAAAUUGACACUUCAAACAUUUCAUCUCUUCAACAGGAAGUUCUUAUAAUUUGGGGGGAAGAUGACAAAAUAUUUCCCGUGCAGAUGGCCCAUGAACUGAAAGAGGUAAUUAGUAAGAAGGCAGGGAUAAAAUUGAUAAAGGAGGCAUCCCAUGUGCCUCAAAUUGAAAAGCCAAAGGAAUUCAACAAUAUUAUCCUAAAUUUUUUACAUUCCGGCUCAUGA